UUCCGCACCGCUUAUAUUAUCAAAACUGCGAUCACCAUUCGGACCCAUAGACUCAUCAGUUGGGGACUAGCAGUGCUGGCGACUUGUGUGCUUUGUCACAAUGAAAAUAGACAACACUUGUUCUUUGACUGUGACUUCAGUAGACAGGUGUGGUCUUUCUUCACUUCUAGACUGCAGUUGGUACCUCCAAGCCUUUUCGAAGAUGGAUUAAGAUGGUUGAAGAAUCCAUCGAGGAAAAAGAAUGUUAAGUUGAUUGUAAGGUUGCUUCACCAAGCUUGCCUUUAUCUCAUUUGGAAGGAGAGAAACUCAAGAGUACAUACUGAUGUUGCUCGUCCACCUGAGGCCAUUAUUGCUGAGAUUAAGCAAAUCAUUAGGCUAAGGCUGGAUCUGCUAGCUCGGGCUCAAACGCUAGCUCACGGAGAAGACUUGGUUCUGGCUGUGUGGUUUUCUAUUUUCUAGAGAGUGGAGAGUGAAGUUUUGAUUGCUUAGAAUGCUUGUAAAUAAUGAUUUCUGGUUUCUUUGUAAACUCUGGUUUAUUAUUUGAAUAAAAUGGAAAGUU